UCGAUCAGCAACCAAUUCUCCUUGUAUCACAUUUUAUUUCUUCCUAUAAAAUUUACUUAAUUUUUUUUAAAAAAAAAAAGAAUAGUGCAAAAAUGCCUUUAAUAGCUCUAUUUAACGGUCGCAAAAAUCAUACGCCAGUACAAACUCCACCACCACCAGCAACAAUACUUACACAUCAAUUUCAAAUAAAUCAGAAUCAACUCAAUCCUCAUGUUUCACCAACAACAAAAAUUACGCAUCAAUCUCAACCAAAUCGAGGUCGUCAGGAUCCUUACGAUCCCUCACGUGAAUUUUACCUUCAAACCCCUAGAUCUCUCAUAGCACCAGCACUGUCAUUCUCACGUGAACCUAAAUCUAUAGCUCAAAUUGAGUAUGAAGCAACUCCAGAGGCACAUAUUUUUAGAGCUAAUUUGCAUGGAUACAAAAAAGAAGAAGUGAAGGUACAAGUGGAAGAUAACAAAGUCCUAAAGAUUAGUGGGGAGAAAAAAAUAGUACAAAAAGAAUAUGAUAAUUGGCACCAUUUUCAAAGAAAAAAUGGGAAUUAUUUAACUGCUUUUAACUUGCCUGAGGAUGCUAGGGUUGAUAAAGUGAAAUCAUCAAUGGAAAAUGGAGUGCUUAUUGUCACUAUUCCUAAGAAGGGAGCGCCCAAGAAAUCUAGAACAUUUUUCUUCAAAUAAUGUGUUGAAUUUCUUUUGAUAGUAUAUUUUUAUAUUUCGUAUCGAAAAAAAUAAUAAGUUCGAUUGAAUCGUUGAAUAGAAGAUAUAUCAGCAUCAAAUUAAUGGAUUAAGCACGCUUUUGUAAUAUAGUAUUAGUAGCUACUAAUAAUAAAGGGUAUUUUUUUUAUAACGUUCUUCUAUAUAUUCUUAAUAUUUUUAAUUUAAAUUAUUUUUUAGCUUAUAUAUAUUUAGUAUGAUGAUGCUAUAUAUGAAAUGAGAGUUCAAAUAAAGUUGAGAUUCA